AUGCAAGAGCACGGCGGCGGAUCAUGUUAUGUCGGCAUGCAAGUCAAUUACUGCGGCACUGUCUGGACAAUUGCGGCAAUGGCAGGUGGAGCUAUGCUGAAUGCAGGGUAUACCUUUGUGAUCUGCAACAUGUAUGGGGAGACCGAGAGAGUAUCUGGUGCAAGUUUAAGCCCUGCUUGA